AUGGCUCAAGUUAGAGAAGCCAUUGAUGAUCACGAUGAGCAGAGAGAAAAAGCUGAGGACGCGGAUGAUGCAACUAAGAAGGCAACGUCUGAGACUUUGCCAUUUCACAAACUACUAAGUGAAGCAGAUGCACUUGACUGGACACUCAUGGCUUUGGGGACAUUGGGUUCCAUUGUCCAUGGACUUGCCCAGCCUGUUGGCUAUUAUUUGCUAGGCAAAGCCCUUGAUGCAUUUGGAAACAAUAUUGAUGACACAGCAGCUAUGGUUAGAGCACUCAAAAAGGUCGUCCCAUAUGUCUGGUAUAUGGCCUUCGCAACAUUUCCUGCUGGAGUGCUAGAGAUAGGAUGCUGGAUGUACGCUAGUCAAAGACAAGUAGCACGUUUGAGACUGAAAUUUCUAAGUGCAGUGCUAAGACAGGAUAUUGGGGCAUUUGAUACAGAGUUAACUACUGGCAAAGUACUUACUGGCAUAAGCAGCCACAUGUCACUCAUACAGGACACCAUCGGAGAGAAGGUGCAUAAGCUCAUCCCUGUAAACAUUAUUGUUAGCUUCAAAGCAUUUACCAAAAAUUUGAGUUAA